UGGCGGCCGCCGGGGCGCGCGGGCCGUGUGUGCGCGCUCUGCCGCUCCGGGAGGAAGAUGGCCCGGGAGGGAAAGUUGGGGUGACGCGUGCUGCCCCCGGACGCUUGCCAGGGGGCACGAAGGAAGGCAAGCCCGACAGAGCGGUGGCCACCCAGGCUGGGGGGCCCGCAGUCUGGGCGACGCCACCGUCACCGCGCCCGCCCCCUCACUGCAGGUGGCCGCGGGGAGCUCCGAGUCUGGGUGGCCCGGGGGCGCGGGCGGGCGCGCGCUGGGGAUCCCGGCUGAGGGAUGGGCUGCGCCCCCAGCAUCCAUGUCUCGCAGAGCGGCGUGAUCUACUGCCGGGACUCAGAUGAGUCCAACUCGCCCCGCCAGACCAGCAGCCUGUCGCAGGGCCCCACGGCGCCCCUGCACGGCCUCUUCGUGCAGACCGACGCCGCCGACGCCAUGCCCCCGAGCCGCGCGGCGGGACCCCCGGGCGCUGUCCGAGUCCGCAGGUCCCGGGCAGAACUGGGCAGUGGCAGCAGCACGGGGUCCUCGGGCCCCGCCGUGACCACCUGCCGGGGCCGGAGGCGCCACUGCUGCAGCAGCGCUGAGGCCGAGACCCAGACCAGCUACACCAGCGUCAAGCAGGUGUCUUCUGCGGAGGUACGCAUCGGGCCCAUGAGACUGACGCAGGACCCUAUCCAGGUUUUGCUAAUCUUUGCAAAGGAGGAUAGUCAGAGUGACGGCUUCUGGUGGGCCUGUGACAGGGCUGGCUACAGAUGCAACAUUGCUCGCACUCCAGAGUCGGCCCUUGAGUGCUUCCUGGACAAGCAUCAUGAGAUCAUUGUGAUCGAUCACAGGCAAACCCGGAACUUUGAUGCAGAAGCCGUGUGCAGGUCAAUCCGGGCCACCAACCCCUCUGAGCACACCGUGAUCCUGGCUGUGGUUUCACAAGCAUCUGGUGACCAUGAAGAGGCCUCAGUUCUUCCUCUCCUCCAUGCCGGCUUCAACCGGAGAUUUAUGGAGAAUAGCAGCAUAAUUGCUUGCUAUAAUGAACUGAUUCAAAUAGAACAUGGGGAAGUUCGCUCACAGUUCAAAUUACGGGCCUGUAAUUCAGUGUUUACAGCGUUAGACCACUGUCAUGAAGCCAUAGAAAUAACAAGUGAUGAUCAUGUGAUUCAGUACGUCAACCCUGCCUUUGAGAGGAUGAUGGGCUACCACAAAGGGGAGCUCCUGGGCAAAGAACUCGCUGACCUACCUAAGAGUGACAAGAACCGGGCAGACCUCCUGGACACCAUCAAUACGUGCAUCAAGAAGGGAAAGGAGUGGCAGGGGGUUUACUAUGCCAGACGGAAAUCCGGGGACAGCAUCCAACAGCACGUGAAGAUCACCCCAGUGAUUGGCCAAGGAGGGAAAAUUAGGCACUUUGUCUCCCUCAAGAAGCUGUGCUGUACCACUGACAAUAACAAGCAGAUUCACAGGAUUCAUCGUGAUUCCGGGGAUAACUCUCAAACAGAGCCUCAUUCAUUCAGACACAAGAGCAGGAGGAAAGAGUCCAUUGAUGUGAAAUCAAUAUCUUCCCGAGGCAGUGAUGCUCCAAGCCUACAGAAUCGCCGCUACCCCUCCAUGGCGAGGAUUCACUCCAUGACCAUAGAGGCCCCCAUCACAAAGGUUAUAAAUAUAAUCAAUGCAGCUCAAGAAAACAGCCCGGUUACAGUAGCAGAAGCCUUGGAUAGAGUUCUAGAAAUUUUACGGACCACAGAACUGUACUCCCCUCAGCUGGGAACCAAAGAUGAAGACCCUCACACCAGUGAUCUUGUCGGAGGCCUGAUGACUGACGGCUUGAGAAGACUGUCUGGGAAUGAGUAUGUGUUCACAAAGAAUGUGCACCAGAGUCACAGUCACCUUGCCAUGCCCAUCACCAUCAACGAUGUCCCCCCUAGUAUCGCCCAGUUACUUGAUAAUGAGGAAAGCUGGGACUUCAAUAUCUUUGAGUUGGAAGCCGUUACACAUAAAAGGCCAUUGGUGUACCUGGGCUUAAAGGUCUUCUCUCGGUUUGGAGUAUGUGAAUUUUUAAACUGUACUGAAACCACUCUUCGGGCCUGGCUGCAAGUGAUUGAAGCCAACUACCACUCCUCCAACGCUUACCACAAUUCCACCCACGCCGCCGAUGUCCUCCAUGCCACAGCUUUCUUCCUCGGAAAGGAAAGAGUGAAGGGAAGCCUCGACCAGCUGGAUGAGGUGGCUGCUCUCAUUGCUGCGACGGUUCACGACGUGGACCACCCUGGAAGAACCAACUCCUUCCUGUGCAACGCAGGCAGCGAGCUCGCCGUGCUCUACAACGACACCGCAGUCCUGGAGAGUCACCACACAGCCCUGGCCUUCCAGCUCACCGUCAAGGACACCAAGUGCAACAUUUUCAAGAAUAUUGACAGGAACCAUUACCGAACGCUACGCCAGGCUAUUAUCGACAUGGUUUUGGCUACGGAGAUGACGAAACACUUUGAACAUGUGAACAAAUUUGUGAACAGCAUCAACAAGCCACUGGCAGCUGAGAGCGAGGGCAGCGACUGUGAGUGCAACCCGACUGGGAAGAACUUCCCCGAGAACCAGAUCCUGAUCAAGCGCAUGAUGAUCAAGUGUGCUGACGUGGCCAACCCGUGCCGCCCCUUGGACCUGUGCAUCGAGUGGGCUGGGAGGAUCUCCGAGGAGUAUUUUGCACAGACGGAUGAGGAGAAGAGGCAGGGGCUACCUGUAGUGAUGCCAGUGUUCGACCGCAAUACCUGCAGCAUCCCCAAGUCCCAGAUCUCCUUCAUCGACUACUUCAUAACAGACAUGUUCGAUGCUUGGGAUGCCUUUGCACACCUGCCAGCCCUGAUGCAGCACUUGGCAGAUAACUACAAACACUGGAAGACACUGGAUGACCUCAAGUGCAAAAGUCUGAGACUUCCGUCUGACAGCUAAAGCCAGGCCGGAGAAGGGGCCUCUUGAUCUACGACGGACACUGUGAACCGCAGAGUCGUGUGAACAAGAGGCCUCCCUGUACGAUGAGAACAGGUGUAGAUUAAGGAGCUAGUGUUUAAUAUCUGAUCUGAGUCAUGCACGCCCCCAAAUUUCAUUUUUCAGAAAGUUAUAUUCCAUCAGUAAAAAUACGUUCUUUUAAAUCACUUAGUGACAAAACGAACUGCUUGGCAGUCUCCUCUGCCACGCUGUGCGUGACCUUACAAAACCAUGGAGCUGACUCUGUAGUUACACACAGGACAUAGAAGCAGAGACCCUGGCGUCUGUGAGUCCAUCCUGAUGGAGACCAUGCCACUUGGCCAGUGUCCACCGGAACACUCACUGCUGAGAUUUAGCUGCACUACUUUCCUCGACGGCAGGAGUAUGAAGGGUUCCUAAAAAGCUUCUCUGAGCAGAUAUAUGUAAGAAAAGAAGCUACUUUAAGAUGUGCAGAAUGAGGACGAGAUUAUUGCUAGUUAGCAUCACGGCUCCCAUGACUACAUGGCAGGUAGCAUGACGCCCAUGUGAGAACACAGCCUUGGCCUGGUGAGUGUCCCUCCGAUGGGUGUCAGCCACUUGCGGAGCCCUCAUUCCUGGAAGGGACUCACCUUAUAGGAGGCCAACUGAUGGGGAAGGAGCGGGAGCUUGCCUGAGUGUCCCCGGCUUCAGGUUCACAGAAAACAUGUCAAGAGUAUCUAUAAAGCUUGCCUGAGUGUCCCGGCUUCAGGCUCACGGACACACGUAAAGAGUAUCUAUAAAAGCUUGCCUGAGUGUCCCGGCUUCAGGCUCACAGACACACGUCAAGAGUAUCUAUAAAAGCCAUUAAAUAUGAAUGCUCAUGAGCAAGCUUUAAAAAACAAAAAAACAAAAUUUAAGAGAAGAAAAAUUUAUAUAUAUAUAUAUAUAUAUAUUUGUUGUUCAAAGAUUUUUAUUAAAAAUAAUCUAAACGCCCUGGAUCUUCGC